ACAAGUACAAGAUGGCGGCGGCACGCUUAGAAGACAAGGCGAUUUGGGAAGAUGGAGAGGAGUCCUUGGGUGAAGAUGUUCUCCGGAUGGGCACUGAUGAAAUUGUCAGCCGUACAAGACUCCUUGACAAUGAAAUAAAGAUCAUGAAAUCAGAAGUGAUGAGAAUCUCACAUGAGCUUCAAGCCCAGAAAGAGAAAAUCAAGGAGAACACGGAGAAGAUCAAAGUGAAUAAGACACUGCCAUACUUGGUUUCCAAUGUGAUUGAGUUGCUUGAUGUUGACCCACAAGACCAGGCUGAGGAAGAUGGGGGCAACAUUGAUCUUGAUUCACAAAGAAAAGGCAAAUGUGCUGUUAUCAAGACCUCCACAAGACAGACUUACUUUCUGCCUGUGAUAGGUUUAGUUGAUCCAGAGAAACUUCAUCCUGGUGACCUUGUGGGUGUAAACAAAGAUUCUUACCUGAUCCUCGAGACCUUACCCCAGGAGUUUGAUUCCCGAGUGAAGGCUAUGGAAGUUGAUGAGAGGCCGACAGAACAAUAUGGUGAUAUUGGUGGUCUCGACAAACAGAUUCAAGAGCUGAUUGAAGCCGUUGUCCUUCCAAUGACACACAAAGAGAGGUUCAUAGCUCUUGGAAUCCAGCCACCUAAGGGUGUCUUGCUAUAUGGGCCACCAGGAACAGGCAAGACUCUGCUCGCUCGUGCGUGUGCUGCACAGACCAAGUCAACCUUCUUGAAGCUUGCUGGUCCACAAUUGGUUCAGAUGUUCAUUGGUGAUGGAGCUAAGCUAGUCAGAGAUGCAUUCGCUUUAGCUAAAGAGAAGACCCCAGCAAUUAUAUUCAUUGAUGAGUUGGAUGCUAUUGGUACCAAGAGGUUUGAUAGUGAGAAGGCUGGAGACCGAGAGGUGCAGAGAACCAUGUUGGAAUUGCUGAAUCAGUUGGACGGAUUUGCACCAAGUUCGGAUAUCAAGGUGAUAGCUGCCACCAAUCGUGUUGACAUCUUGGAUCCUGCUCUACUCAGAUCUGGUCGUCUUGAUCGUAAGAUAGAAUUCCCAACGCCAAAUGAAGAAGCUAGGGCGAGAAUAUUACAGAUCCAUUCGAGGAAAAUGAACGUUAGUAAAGACGUAAACUAUGAAGAGCUUGCACGAUGUACUGAUGACUUUAAUGGAGCUAUGUGCAAGGCAGUGUGUGUCGAGGCAGGAAUGAUUGCCCUGAGACGAGAAGCUACAGAACUGACGCAUGAGGACUACAUGGAUGCCAUCUUAGAAGUACAGGCUAAGAAGAAGACCAAUUUGCAAUAUUAUGCUUAGAUAUGAAUUGGACUAUUACAUGAACAUGGACAUGAAAUAUUCUACCUUUGUGCGAGCUGUUCUGUUGUUCUGUGAUGGUUUGGGUCUCCAAUCUAGGAUUUUAAAGCAUCAGAGAUAUGUGCUGGGAUAACAACAUAUAUGAUGCAUCUAUGAGCAACUGGGGCAAAUUGGAGGUUUUCUGGUGGUCCCUGUUUCAGCUUGGUGCCCCAAUAGGCUGCUUGUAGUAGUUGAAAGGCCCUGAUGAGAAACUGGGUUGAUCAUCAAUGAGCAAUGUCAGUUGUGAAUUGGGAUUUCAGAAGCAAAUGUCCAGUUCUAAAUUUCCUCACUACGAAUUUGGAACAUUGUAAUUUGGUUGUGGCUGGUGUUGCAUUGUCAUAGUGAAUUUGAAUAAAUAAUCAUUUUGUUUAUCACCAAUGCAACUUGUGCUCUAAUGGCAGAGAAAAAAAGCUAUAGAUUUGAGAAGUUCAUUAGACGACUCGCAUCCAAUGUUUUGUAGACAUUGUGUAAAUAAAUUUUC